UCAUAAAAUCUACUACUCUCUUAGUAGGGACCCCUUUCUCUUAAACAUCCCCCCUUUGUUUUAAUUUCUGUUUUUCUUUCAUUAAACUGGGCGAGCAGAAGCCAGAUGUAGUAGUUAGCCCAACUAUUGACAUCAUCAGUUUGGAAACAUUCAACUACACAAGAACCAUGGAGAACCUUCGUGGAGGAUCCAACAAGAGUAGUGAGUCCAAUCAUCGAUGUCAUCAACACACAAACGUUCAACUAUGUUGGAGCGUCGCCGGACCUAAGGGGAGGUUUUGAUUGGAGUCUUCAUUUCAAAUGGGAGCAUAUGUCAUCAGAACAGAAGUAUAAGAGAAAAGAUCCAACAAUGCCUAUACAGACGCCAAUGAUUGCAGGAGGCUUGUUUGUGAUCAGUCAUGAUUGGUUUGAUAAACUGGGAAAGUAUGACAGCUUGAUGGACAUCUGGGGAGGAGAAAACUUUGAAAUCUCUUUCCGAGUGUGGCAAUGUGGAGGUAGUUUAGAAAUCAUUCCAUGCAGUCGGGUAGGACAUGUCUUUCGCAAGAAACACCCUUAUACAUUCCCAGAUGGAAAUGCCAAUACUUAUAUCAGGAAUACGAGAAGGACUGCAGAAGUAUGGAUGGAUGAAUUCAAGGUUCUUUUUUAUAAUGCUAGACCUUCUGCCAGAGGAAAAUUUUAUGGAGACGUGAGCGAGAGGAAGGAGUUACGGAAACAGCUGAAAUGCCAAUCAUUCAAGUGGUAUCUAACCAACGUAUAUCCUGAGCUCAAGAUUCCUGGUCCUAAUGAGUUAGUAUAUGGUCAGAUCAAACAAGGUAAUACCUGUUUGGAUUCUUCGCCCCAUCCGACUGGCUCGGCAUGGCCUCCUGUCAUGGCUCGAUGCUCAAAGAAACAAAAACGUCAGUCGUGGAUAAUAACAAAAGAUGACACAGUCGAACAGGAUUCUAUGUGCUUGACUGUCACCUCAACUCAUGAAGACUCGCGGGUUUAUAUCUCUAGCUGCAUUCCAAAUGAUAUCAAACAGAAAUGGACGAGAAUGGAAAACUGUCUACAGCAUACUCUAAGCAAAUUGUGUCUUGAUAAUCAAAUACCACAGAAAGGUCUUAUAGUCAAACAGUGUAACGAAGACUCAAAAACGCAAUCCUGGUUUAUACUACCAUCUUCCACCCUUAAUAGAGAUGAACACUCGCUAAGGUGACCCUAGUGGAACAAGGUCAUAUGUCUGAUCAGGGAGGUAUUACAGGACUAGCAAUUUCAUGGAUGGGGAAAAAAUGUUAUUUUUAUAUUUCAUUAUGAUAUAUCACCUGUAUUGUGCAUUAUACUUUAUGCAUAUACACAUAGUUUGUCAGAUUAUAACAUGUUGAAUAUCGAAUUAAUGUGCCAAAAUUAGAAAUAAGUAUGUAUAUUUCAGCCUGCAUUCAUACAAGUUUCUGGUGCUUAUGAUGGUUCACCGCUGAUGUAGACAUUGUUUAUAUUUUCUUUUGUUGUUUUAUAUUAUUUGUAAAUGAAUUGUGUGUCCUAUUUGUUAUAUACUUUAUUUUUUGUAUUGUUUUGUAUGUACUUUAUUUUUUGUAUUGUUUUGUAUGUAUAGAUCUAAUAUAUUAGCAGUAGACUGCUAGCUAGUACCCUUACAUUGGACCGGGGCUGAAAUAAAACAACUCGACCUUUAAAAACAAAAUGUCAGAUGUAUCAGAUAUUGCUGGUUCUUUAAACCCCUUCUGUUUUUUUCCACAACUUUACUUUGUAUCAAUUUUUUUUCUUUUAAGUAGAAAAGAUAAGUUUUAAACAUUUCAAUUGCCAGUCAGUUUUCUUUGAUGGUAUUCUUUGUAUGGUUUUACAUUUUAUUUGAAAAUGCUAUAAAUGUAGGAUUUUACAUUAGCUAAGAAAUAUGGUUAUGAUAACAGUAUCACAUGAUUUUUACUGCAUAGCAUGUUUAGGUCAAUAUUCUUUGCCGUUAUGGAAUUAGGCAUUGCUUGCCAAUAUUUUUUGCAUGUGACUCAAUUCACAUCUCGACUGCAUUUCAAGAAGUGAGCGAAAAUAGCAGCUCAUAGACGUACAAUAAUAGUUUUUCCUGUAUGAAGAGGCUACAAAGUAUCUUGACAAUUAUGCUUCACAGACAGGAAUAGGAGUUGUGCUUUUACUUGAUUUUUUUUUGUUCAUUCUUAGGAAUUGGAAUUUUAUUCUUUUAGAAGAAAUGUAGAGCAUAGCAAGUGGUCAUUAG